AUGAACGAGCAUUCUUCCACAUAUCUACCCUCUAACGUCCUCGACGCUAUCCGCAACACUCAUCCCAUAUCUACGUACACGUUCGUAGUCGGAGGCACAGACAUUCGACGAGCUACUGAAGCGAAAUACGCCACAGUAGAGAUGCAACCGCUGGGACGAUUAAUAAGUGUCGUAUAUCUUGUAAGUUAUAUAGUGACAUCAGCAGGAAAAACAGAUCUUUGA